UGGAGAAUCCCAGGGACGGCGGAGCAUGGGCUGCCGUCUAUAGGGUCGCACAGAGUCGGACACGACUAAAGCGACUUAGUAGCAGCAGCAGCAGUAAUGAGGGAGAUUUCCCCUCUCCAAGGAAAAGCUUUUCUGGAUGUGUGCUAAGUCCUUUCAGUCGUGGCUGACUCUUUGCAGCCCUGUGGACUGUAGCCUACCAGACUCCUCUGUCCAUGGGAUUCUCCAGGCAAGAAUACUGGAGUGGGUUGCCAUUUCCUCCCCCAGGGGAUCUUCCUGACCCAGGGAUUGAAGGUCUCCUACGUUGGCCGGUGGGUUCUUUACCACUAGCACCACCUGGGAAGCCUGUUAGCAUUUAAUAGUCCAUUAUUGAAACCCAUUGAAGUUUUUGUUCUGAGAACUGGAGAUACAAAAAUAGUAGAGUUUCUGUCUGAGGAAUUCAUAGUACCUUUUGGAGGGCAGUCAAGUCAGCAUGAUGGUCUAGAAAGAUAAUGAUCUUCAGUCAUCCCUUGUAUUGACGUGUUGUCUUUUUCUCUAUUGGAUGCCUUUUGUACUUUCUAUUGUUAGUACCACAAUGUAGUUGCAAUUUUAUAUUUAAUAAUUGUAUUAUUGUUUUUGAGACUGGCCUGGAAGGUGUCCCUGACUGCUAUCUGAAGUAACAUCUAAGAUGACUCAUGAGAGAACAGCCAUAGUAACUAAUAUUCUCUCAUUGCUUCCUGUGUGCCAAGGACUUCAGUGGAGGGAAAGUAUUCACAAAUUCUUGGUAGCCUAUGAGACCACAAGGUCUUGGAAGUAAGCAGAGUAGUGGAAGAAUUAAGUGGGAGGCAGAGUAAUGAAGAUGAUAAUGGAGAAUCUGUUCAGUGUGUGCCUCUAUAUAGCCUUAAAAGCAUUCUCUUGAGAUCUUGCUUUAGUCUGUUAUCAGUAAACUAAUUCAGGGUUUUGUGGAGGGUAUAAUAACAAAGAUGGUUGCAGUAUGGGAAAAGAGGUGGUUGGAGAGGCAGUCACUUCUGAGGCUGGUGUGGUGAGCAAAUUCAAUAAUAAUUCAUAUAAAUGGAGUAAGGCAAUGAGGGCGAGCACAGGGAGUGAUUCUGGGGUUAUUUUUGAGGUGGUAUUAACAGGAAUCAGUGGCCAGUGUGCUGGUGACACAUAGGUUAUGUUUUGGGUUGAUCCUCUGACCGUCACAUCAACCUACAGUCCAGGUAACACAUCUCCAUUCUUGAUUUACUGUGUAGUAGUGACUGCUAGAUGAGAAACAAAAGAAGGGAAAAUUCAGUCUGGAAGGGAGAGGAUUUAUAUUUUAGAGUUGUGCACUUUGAGGAGCUUCCAGACUGGAGCAGGCAGUAUGUUGUGAUGCUAUGUUAAUCUUUGAGUUUAGUGAAGAUUCCAUCUCCAAGUCCAUACCCCAAAUAUAAUCAAACUUUUAAGUUUUUCUUAAUCCCUUCAAAUUUUUGAAAUGCUUAGUAAUGUUUGCCAUAGGAUCAUAUUAUGAAUGCUGUUCUGGAGGUCAAUAUCUCAUCCUUUCAAUAAGUCACUUAAAAAAUACAGGUAAUUCCAUAAUUGGCUUAUUUAUUUAUAUUAUUUUCAAUUUGGGGACACCACAUGGUAUAUAGGAUUGUAGUUCCUGGUCCAGGGAUCAACCCGCAGGGCUGUACUGGAAAACAUAGUCAUCACCACUGGACCACAAAGGAAGUCCCUAUAACUGGCUUUUUAAAGGCUACUGUCGACUGUUCUGUUGAAGAGAUCUACGUUUAAUUUACCCAACUAUUCACCUGCUGAUUGUACACUCAGGUUAUUCCUAGUUUAAAAAAAGAAUUAUCAAACAAAAAUUCCUAGCAUUGGAAAUUCUGCAUCAAUGAGAAUGAAAAAUUUAAAUUGUAUAGGUAAUUUCUAAAUUGCCCUCUAGAAAGGAUGAACAGAUAAUAUCCUCUACUACCCCUCUGUGUAAAAUAAUGGCUAAUAUUUAAGUGUUUUAUUUGGGAACGAUGCCUAAGAAUGUAAUACUUUAUAUCACCAUGUAAUUAUUCGGAAUUGCCCUUUGUUUUCUAAGGAAAUAUUUACAUUCCUUUUAAGCCUCGCCCCUCUCGGUUGGCAAUUGGAAACAGCCACAUUCCCAGCCCCCGGUAUAUGUGUUUACAGUGCUGGGCUCUUCAGCAUCGGCGGCUCCGUCCCUUCAACAGGUCUCAGACCGACCCCCCCCCCCCCCCCCCCCGCUCCACCUCCUUUCCAGAUUUCACCCUGUCUUUGACAGCUGCGUUUAUAACGUGUCUUCACUCCUACAAACAUCAUUGACCUUCCGAAGGCGGCGCCUAAGGCUAGCUCCUCGUGUCUUUCCGCCGUACGGAACUGCACUUCCUGCAAGAAGCACUCCAUAGUGCUUCUCCCUGGUGUUGGCGGGCGGGGCCAUCUCUCCGUAUGCCCCAGAAGGCAAAAUAGAAUCCAGCCCGCGCCGCUACAGUCUUGGAUAGGGUCCGGCCUCUGAAAACUUGUUCAGCAUGAUCUCUGGUCCUGGUGCAUAGAGUAAAGUGAUUCAAGGUUGGCGACUGAGUGGAAUUGCAUGUACCCAGAGGUCAAAGACAGAGGAUGAGUUGCUUGGAUGGCGUCAAUGACUUAAUGGACAUGAGUUUGAGCAAGCUUCGGGAGAUAGUGAAGUCCUUAGAAUCAAGUGAAGUAAGGAGAACGAAGUUCCAGGACCAGGAAAGGAUCACUUCUGGGAAUACGUUAAUUUGAGAUGUGAGGUCUGUGAUCAGGAUUUGAGUGACAAUCUGGAAAAACAGAAUAAUCCAGUCAUUUCUGAAGAACAGAAGAAAAUGACCAUGGACCAGGGAUUGUUAUUAUUUGAAGUUGUGGCUGUGGAGUUCACCUGGGAGGAGUGGAGUCUACUAGACCCUGCUCAGAAGGACCUGUACUAGGACGUGAUGCGGGAGCACUAUAGCAACCUGCUGUCUGUGGGGUAUCAAAGUCCCAAACCAAUUGAAAUCUUCAAGUUGAAGCAAGGAGACAAACCAUGGAUAGAAAGGGGAAAUAUCCAUGAUCCAGAAGUUGGUGAUCCUAUGCAGCAAUCCUUGGAAAUCCAAUACAAGCAUAAACAUAUGGAAAGAGGCCAUGAACUCAGUUCUUUGGGAAAUAUUUUUUGUCUACAUGGAAAUCUUGUUACUUUAAGGCAAAGCCAUGAUAAGUUUGACAUACUGAACUCUAAUUUAGAUUUAGUUAACCAGAAUAAAAGCUCCAUAGCAAAGAAUCCUGACAAGUUUAAUAAAUAAGAGAAAUUAUUUCUUCAUAGUAAGCAUGAAAAACAUCACACAAUUAAAUGCAAUAAACAUGGAAACAUUCUCUGCACCAAUUCAAAACUCAGUAUACAUCAGAUUGAAAAAGGAAAGAAACAUGAAUGUGUGGAAGGUGGUAAAACCUUCAUCAAAAAGUCUCAACUCACUGUACACCAGAGAACACAUACAGGAGAGAAGCCAUAUAAAUGCCUUAAAUGUGGUAAAGCCUUCUGCAGGAAGGCAGAGCUUAAUAUACACAUGCAAGUUGAACGAGGAGUAAAACCCCACGUGUGCAGUGAGUGUGGGAAAACCUUCUCCAGGAAGUCUCAGCUCCUUGUACAUCAGAAAACUCACAUGGGAGAGAAACCGUAUAUGUGCAGUAAAUAUGGGAAAGGCUUCAUCCAGAAGGGUAACUUCCUUAUACAUCAGCGAAUUCAUACUGGAGAGAAGCCCUAUAGAUGCAAAGAGUGUGGUAAAGCCUUCAGUCACAAGCCAUGUCUCAUUGCACAUCAAAUAUUUCACACUGGAAAUCCUCCCUAUGAAUGCAGUGAGUGUGGAAAAGCCUAUUUUCAGAAGUCAAAUCUUGUUAGACAUCAAAGAGGUCAUACAGAAGAGAAGUGCCACAAAUGCAAUGUGUGUGGGAAAAGCUACUCCACAAAGUCCAUACUUAGCAGACACCAGAGAGUCCAUACGGGAGAGAAACCCCAUGGGUGCAGCAGCUGUGGGAAAGCCUUCUGCCACAAGUCCUCCCUCACUAAACAUAAGAGAACGCAUACAAAAGAGAAACGUGUCGAUUCAGUCAAGGUGGAAAAGGAUUCUUUAGAGAGCCAUGACUCAUGUACCACAGAACCUAAACAGGAGAAAACCUCUGUUGAGACAGUGACAAUGCAGGGGCCUGCUAUGGCAGGGCAGGCAUCAUUAAACAUCCACGGGUUCCUUGCCCAAGGGAAUGUGGUUCUUGUGGGAGAGCCUGUGGCCAGAUGUGUCCCUUCAGGAGAUGGCAGAGAGUUUUCACAGGAGAGGAACCUCAUGAAUGUAGUUAAUGUGGUACUGCCUUCAGUUACCAAUUAUGUCUUCUUUUAUGUCACAGGAAACAUGUAAGGAGGAGUGCAUUCAAUAUGGACAAGCCUUUGGAGCAAAGUUUAGCUUUUUAUGCAGUUGAAAACUCUCACUGAGAGAAUGCUAAUGAAUGUAGCGAUAGUGGAAAGGUCAGUCAGUCAGUCAGUGUUAGUCGCUCAGUUGUGGCUGACUCUUUGUGACCCCAGGGACUGCAGCCCGCCAGGCUCCUCUGUCCAUGGGAUUCUCCAGGCAAGAAUACUGGAGUGGGUUGCUAAUCCCUUCUCCACGGGAUUUUCCCAACCCAGGGAUCAAGCCUGGGUCUCUCCCAUUGCAGGCAGAUUCUUUACCAUCUGAGCCACUAGGGGAGCCCAGUACAAAGAUCUGUCUCAUUAAAUAUCAGCAGCUCUUAGUAGGUUGAACUGUAGCAAGCUUCACUUUAAAAGCAUCUUAAAUUCACAUCAGAAAGAAAUUUUGGGAAGGCAAAUAUGUCCAGUCCAUAAGACCACCCUCAUGUUUGAUUAUUCUCUGAAAUCACUGACUCAAAAACUAAAAAGCCCCCCAAAACCUCAAAAACUCAAACAAAGAAAGAAAAACUCAAAAGCUGCUGUACUUAUGAUUACAGGUUAUGACAGUGAAAAGUUACAGAUUAGCAAGUUUAAAAGGUGCUUAAUACAGACUUUAGGAGAAACCAGGUACAUCCAUUGUCCUCCCAGUGGAGUUGUAUGGACUGCAUGUAAUUCUGCCAGCAAUGAUGUGACAACUCAUGUGCAUAUUGCCAACCAGAGAAACUCACCUGAGCCUUAGUGCCGGGGGACUUGAGGGGUCAGUAAGGGUGCUCCUUAUGCCAGCAUGGGGAAACCACAUGACUGACUUUAGCUUUUCAAGUUGUAGCCUUCUUGAAGUCAAACCAAUACAGCAUAGCCCAGAGACCCCCAGGCAAACAAAAGCAAGUGUUCAGCAAAAAUCAUAUUGCUGGCAUAAACUGUAUGACAUGGUUAAAACCCCAGGUAUGCAAAGAUGCUCUUGGCAGGCAGGCAGUUCCAAGGGCUUAGAGGUUCCCUCUCAGGUGCUGGUCAAAAGCCAGUCCUUUGUUUGGAAUGUGCAGGAUCUGAACAUCCCCAACCUGCCAAGUCACCUAAUUUGCACACUAGUGAAAACAAUAAGGUUUAAUAAGAUUGUUCCUCAUCAUGUGUCAGAAAUAAAUGUCUGUGGAUACACGAAAUGUGUAGAACCUUUAGCAGAAUGACAGCCAAUCUCAUAAAGGAGAUAAGCUUGUGAUUGCAGUGGAAAUUUGGAAACUUGUUGACAUAAAACUACCCUCAUUUUCCAUCA